UUUGGCGUGUACGUGGCCGAGGACGUGUGUGUACGACCACACAAACCUGUGACGAACAGCACAAAGCCACUAGGCUACAACAUGGUUUGUAGACUAAAACUACGAAAACGCCGGUAAACGCAACAUUUGGUGUUUGUUCCUACAGUUACACCAGAUUAUGGCGGCGUUUGUCGCUCAUCCAUCAGUGCGGGUCAGAGCUACAGAACACUCCUACGUACCCGUGCUGUGCCAGGACGACAAGUGUGCUGGGCAUGAGAAAGGAAUGCACAUGCACUGUCCGCUGUGUACAGUAGCCGAGGCGUACCAGGACCCCGUUAUACUCCGUGCCCACUUCCGCAUCAAACACGUUGACAAGAGCAUCGACUUUGCUGGCUUGAAAGUGUUGCGCUGCUGUAACCACUGUGAGAUCGUGGGCACCAUUAAAGGCGAGAAGAGGUUUAAAGGAGCACACUGGCACUGCUAUCGCUGUAGGAAUGGCUUUAACAGGAGGGACGAGGCUGUCAAGCACUACAAGACGCACUUCAGAAACCCACACACCACAUUCCAAAUCCAGGUUACACAGGAUGUGAAUUGCAGGCAGUACUAUAAUAGCAACCCGGAGGCUAAUGCUAAAGCAUACAGUGGGCUAGCUGUGAGUUUGGGAACUGGAGGUGAUACCACAGCUGUCAGCUCAGUCAUCACACCACCAGUCCUCACCACCGGCUCGGUCACUGAGACUGCCACCUUACUCACUGUUGAGCCUAAGGAAGAUGGUGAGAGUAAUGGCAUGCCACUGGGUGCUGAAGAGGAGGUGGGCUCUUCCCAACAUGCAUCAGCACGAACCCAGACUCUAGUUUUAAUGGACCCUGAUGGAAACACGGGCAACUUGAUCUAUGAUGAAACAACGGGCAUCAUUACUGAACAGACCGAGGAGAGUUUGGACCUGCAGAAACAUCUACUGGAGCUCAAUGAACAGAUAGACAUAUUACGACAAGAGAAAGAGAGUGUCGAGAAGAGUCUACGGUCCGAAAUUAAGCAGCUGAAAGAGCAGAUUGCAAGUCUGGUUCAGUCUAAUGUGAAGAUGUUUGAGGAGCUGCAGGUGUACCGCUGUCCAGAGCACAGCCAGCAGAGACUGGCCAAACUGAUGGACAGUCUGCAGACCCAGCACAAAGAGCUACUACAGGCCCAGCUGGCCUCACUGAGGCACGAAAUCCUCUCCCAGGCCAGCAGUGUUCCACUGAAUGGCCACACAGACGCGCUAGAGCUUGACUCCGGUGGGGACCAAUUGCAGGACCAGGUGGAGGUGCAGGGGACUAUAGUAGGUGGGAUAACGGGACUAGAGAUCAUAGGGGUUCCACUCCAGACGGAGCAGGCUGAACUGAGAGGGCAGCUUGUGGAGUUCGGACCUCAGGGGGACACCCUUUCCAGUCUGGAAAGCCCAAGAUCAGACACAGCACUGACCCAGGAUCUGGAGGUUAAACAAGAGGUUUCUCUGGUGUCUAGGAAGCGAAGCUCUGAGGAGGAUUGUGGAGGGACGAGUGAAGGCAAAGUCCCACGUGUUAGUUAAUGCUAACAAGACUUUGACCA